CGCCCACCACUUCACUUACCUUGUGAAACACAGGCAUGGAGGAGCCAGUCGUUUCCCCCUCUUCCUCCUCUCUCCACCACCGCCUCCAAUUCCUCCUCCACACACAGCCACUCCCCUGGGCCUACGCCAUCUUCUGGCAGACCACCACCGACCACAAUGGUGCUGUUUUCCUCUCAUGGCGCGAAGGCCACUUCCAGCCCUCCCCUAUGUCCACUUCCUCCUCCUCCCCUGAAGGCUCCCACAGCCCCCCUCUCCUCCCCGACGCCCCCCUCGACCUCGAGUGGUUCUACAUGAUGUCCUUAACCCAAUCCUUCGCCCCCGCCGACGGCCUACCUGGAAGAUCCUUCUGCUCCGGCGCGGCUGUCUGGCUCACCGGCCCGGACGAGCUCGAGCGGUACGACUGCCAAAGAGCCAAGGAGGCCAAAUCCCACGGCAUCCAAACCCUCCUCUGCGUCCCAAUCCCUUACGGCGUCCUCGAACUCGCAUCCCCACAGAUAAUCCCCGAGGAUUGGGGCUUAGUCCAACAGGUGAAAUCCGUGUUGGACUCUGACAUAUCCAAUUUCACAAACAGCAGCAGCCCACUUCCGUUCUUGGACCAAGACAUCAAUUUGGAGGAGAUUGGGUUCAUGAGCGAAGCCCCAGAGGAGGAAGUGGGAAGGCCCGACAGAGGGAAAUCGAGAAGAACAGAGUCCGCAGGGGAAUUGGAGCUGUCGGAUUCCGACAGCCCAGUGGGGAAAGCGGCGGGAAAAAGAAGAGGGAGGAAACGAGGUCGGAAGGAGAACGCGACGAACCACGUGGAAGCAGAACGGCAGAGGAGGGAGAAACUAAACAAGCGAUUCUACGCGCUCCGGUCGGUAGUGCCGAACGUGUCGAGAAUGGACAAGGCGUCGUUGCUGUGGGACGCAGUAUCUUACAUAAACGCACUAAAGGGGAAGGUGGAGGAGAUGGAAUUGGAGGUGAGGAAGUUGAAGAAAGGGGGAGGGGAGGGGGUGGAGAAACAGAGCACCACGACGUCGGAGGAGGAGGAACAAGGGAAGGGCAGCACUCUGUUCGACGUGGAGGUAAAAAGGAUGGGAGGAGGGGACGCAAUGGUGCGAGUUGAGUCCCAUAAUCAAAACUGCCCUUCCGCCACAUUGAUGGGGGCAUUACGAGAUCUGGAAGUUCACAUUCACCACGCCAACAUCACCAAUGUAAACGAUUUGAUGCUCCAAGAUGUUUUGAUUAAGCUUCCCCAUGGUUUCUCCACCGAUGAAGCCUUCAAAGCAGCUCUUUUAUCUAAAUUACACUAAAUCCUUCUCCUUCCCAUCAUCCUAUGCAUAUCUAUCUAUCUAUCUCUUCGAUUCUGCCUCAUUCUUCUUACUCAUUUUACACAGAAAUAAGUUCUCU